AGAUUUCGUGAAAAACUGCCUUCUUAUGGAAUGAGAAAGGAGCUUGUUAACCUCAUAAACAGUAGUCAAGUAACUGUUAUAAGUGGUGAGACUGGUUGUGGAAAGACUACUCAAGUUACCCAGUUCAUAUUGGAUGACUAUAUUGAGAGAGGGAAAGGCUCUUCUUGCAGAAUUAUAUGUACUCAGCCUAGAAGAAUCAGUGCUAUUUCAGUAGCGGAGAGAGUUGCAGCAGAAAGAGCUGAAGCAUGUGGUAAUGGAAAGAGCACAGGAUAUCAAAUUCGUCUUGAAAG